CCUUUGCCCUCACCUCAGCCAUUAACCCCAACAUCAGGGUGCUGCAGCUGGUAGAGGAUCUCAGGGUAGCCCUGGAGGGCCAGGUGGACCAGGAGGAGCAUGAGUCCAUGAGCAGACAGGUCCCCAUGGACACAGCACACACCCUGUUAGAUUGGCUGGAGAAGGGAGGGGAUAAGUUACAGUGUAGAGUUUGAGGAAGAAAAUAGUCAAAGCUACAAUGGGCCAACAGAAUGGAGUAUAACAUAGAUUUCUAUAAGCAUUUUGCCUGGCUGAAAAGGGUAAACCAGCAGUCCCCUGUGAACGGCGAGACUAACCAAGAACGGUUGACACGCUUAGAGGGAGACAAAGAGUCUCUUGUCCUCCAGGUGAGCGUUCUGACAGACCAGGUGGAAGCUCAGGGAGUAAAGAUCAGUGAUCUGGAAAGUUCUCUGGAGGAACACCAACACAAGCUCAACUCUACAGAAGAGAUGCUGCAGCAGGAGUUCCUUAGCAGGACGUCACUGGAGAGUCAGAAGUUGGAUCUGAUGGGAGAGGUGUCCUACCUGAAACUAAAGCUGGUGGACAUGGAGGAGAAACAGAAUCAUGGAGUAGAGAGGCAGCACAAAGCAGAGAGUGUAGUGAACUUGAUUAGUGAGCUGCAGGAGCAGAUGUGUAGGUUUCAGCAGGAGAUCAAUAGCAGGAUCCAGGAGAGAACUGGACAGGCUGACAGCAGCCCACAGGAGGCCCGCGACACUGUAUCGAUGGAGGCCCAAAACCCAGACCAGGGGCUUGCCUGUGAUGGUAGCCCAGAGGAGGUGCAUGACAGUGGGCUGGAGGUGCCUCCUGACAGGCCUGACGUGAUCCCAUUCCCAGGCGUGGAGAAAAGCUCCAGUACUUCUGAGGAGCAGUGCUGCUGUGGAGGAGAGGGUGUCAUACUUCAAGAGCUCAGACUUCUCAAGGAGAAAGUUGACUAUCUUGAAGACCAGAAGUCCCAGUAUGAGAGGAGACUCAAAGCAACAAAGGCAGAGAUAUCAGACCUCCAGCAGCUCCUGCUCAGUAAGAAUGCUGAGAUAGACAGCCUGCACACACAGCUCCUGGCCAGACCACCACUGUCCACUGAGACCUCAGAGAGAGAGGAUAUGUACAGGAGAAGGCUCAACAACAAGAACCAGGAGCUCCAAAGGUUAAAGACCGGGAUGGAGACACUGCUGGUUGCCAAUGAUGAAAAGGACCGGCAUAUUGAAGAGCUCACGCUGCUCCUAGUCCAGUGCAGACAGUUCAGAGACGUUGUGACCCCAAGACAAGCUCCACCCACUAUACUCUCAGUACCCAAUGAGAGGACUCCGUCAAGCUUGGUUUCCAAUGAGAGGACUCCAUCGAGCAGCAGUGAGGAAGAGGAGCAUGGAGUUUUGAUGUCAGUUCCUCCCAGUGCACUCCCAGAGAACACAAAGACUGAGAUGUCCUUCAGCAGUUCAUCCCCCCAGCUCGUGUCCCACCUGCCAGCCCAGAAGGAGAGAGAACUCUGGAGACAGCCCCGACUUUUAUCAAGCAGUAUGGACAACCUACAGAAUGGAUCUUCACCCAAGUAUGUAGUGGUGAUUCCUGUAGAGGCUGAAGUGUCUGCUGAGAAUGGGCCUGUAGAUAACAGGUACCAGACCCUGCCGGUGAAGGCCUCCCUCCCAGAGCAUAAUGGAGAGGGAGAGUGCAGUGAGACACAGAGCCAGAGGUCUCCAGAGGGGAGUGAAGACGGAGACUCAAAUCCCUGGUGGCGUGUUUGGUGGGGAAAGACAGAGAAAAUGGACGACACCUCAUCUUCUGACCUUUCACCCCAGUCUUCAGGGGCGGAGUCAGGUCAACGGACUAUUGGCUCACCAGAACACCUGAAGAACAAUAACAGUAUCAGGAAGCUCUGGGGAAAGAUCAGGCGGACCCAGUCAGGGGGUCUGCAGGGGGAGGACCUGGAACCAAACCAGUUUAGGAGAGGGGGGCUGCGUGCCACAGCGGGGCCAAGACUCACCCGGACCCCUGACUCUGUUCGGGAUAUGAACACUCCAUUCAGCCAGUGGACCAGGGAGCAGGUGUGUGGUUGGCUGGAGGACUAUGGUCUGGGUCAGUACGUCAACCUGACCCGGCAGUGGGUCGACAACGGACAGACGCUCCUGUCCGCCAGGCCGCAGGACUUUGAGAAGGAAAUGGGUAUCAAACACCCGCUACACAGGAAGAAACUACAGUUGGCUCUGAGGGGGUUCGGUACUAAAGCCAUGGAGAAGUCCUCUGAGCUGGACCACAUCUGGGUUACACGAUGGUUGGAUGACAUAGGCCUUCCUCAGUACAAGGACCAGUUCCACGAGGGACGAGUGGAUGGCAGGAUGCUCCAGUAUCUCACUGUGAAUGACCUGCUUUCCCUGAAGGUGACCAGUCAGCUCCAUCACCUCAGUAUAAAGUGUGCUAUCCACGUCCUACACGUCAACAAGUUCAACCCCCACUGCCUCCGACGCAGGCCUGGGGAGGAGAGGAACCCCUCUCCCUCAGAGGUGAUCCAAUGGUCCAACCAUCGUGUGAUGGAGUGGCUUCGGGCAGUGGACCUGGCUGAGUAUGCACCCAACCUACGGGGCAGUGGGGUCCAUGGAGGUCUCAUUAUUCUGGAGCCGCGGUUCACCUCUGAGACCCUGGCCAUGCUGCUGAACAUCCCCCCUCAGAAGACCCUGCUCCGCCGCCACCUGGCCACCGCCUUUACCGCCCUGGUGGGGACACAGGCCACUCUGGAGAAACGGGAGUACGCCAACGCCACCGGCCAUGCACCCCUCACCACCACCGCCAAAGUCCGGCCCAAGAAGCUUGGUUUCAGUCACCUGAGGAAGAGGAGGCCGGAUGACUUGGCGGACUACAUCUGCCCUAUAGACAGUGGGGGCCUUUCGGCCAUGAAUGGGGUUUCCCACCGGCCGUUCGCAGCGGUCCGAGGCCUCAGCCCCAUCCUGGACAGAGAGCCAGAGAGACUGGAGCAGGUGGGGCCCAAAAGCUGACACUGAUGCUCCCCUCAGCCAAUGACUGCAAAUCGUACAGCUUUUAACCCCGCCCCACAUGCCUUUGUGAACACGCUCCCGCUCUCCCUGAAUCAAGGUGCUGAUUUUGUGAUUCGGUGGAAAUUCUAACGCAGUGAUUUUAUCACCAAAUGGUGAUUCGCUGGACAAGCUAGUGUGUGUGUGUGUGUGUGUGUGUGUGUGUACAUAUAAUGAAUAUCAGCUGGAUGUGCUAAUUGGGUAUUUGCUGGAUAUGCUUACCAAGUAACUGACCUGGAUAUGUUGAAAUCAUGACUGACCUGACAGGCUAAAUUAUGAUUCAUAAUGUUACGGUUGUAUAAUGGUUCCCUUUGAAAGCCGCUCUGCAUUCCUGGCAAAAUGAAAUGGAUUCAGCUUUCCUUUCUUCUUUCUUCUGCCAUUGCUUCAGAACAUCAACAUGAUGUGUUACUGACCAUUGCAGCCUUCCUCCUUACCUUGCUGGAUUCAGCUUAGCUAUCAACUGCCUUUCUUGAGUUAUGGUACAAUGUACACAUGAAUACCAAUUAUAUAAGCUUGUUUGAUUUAUUUGGUCAUAUUUAAUAACUUGCAAAAAUUCACAGUAUACAAGGUGCUCUCAUGAUAAUGCAGGUUUGCGCACAAUAACCACUCAAUUGGCCUAUAAUUAUAAAUUGAAAAUAAAGAAUAAUUUGCAGGUGAUUGUUUUUUGUAUGCCGCAUGUUUGAUAGUUUAGUUCAUUUUAAUUUUAGACCUAAAUCCUAAAUGCAUUAUUGGGGUAAAGGCCAAACUAACCAAUAUUGACUCUUUGAAACAAAGUGCUCUUGCUGACUCUACUAUAUCAAACAUAAUGGAUUAUAGACAAUAAUAAUGCUACAGCGGCUUCAAAAAAAAAAAUCUGAUAAUGCGCACCUGAAUUUACAGCAUUGUUGCAUGUUUACUGUUGUAUACUAUCACGUGACUGGUAAGCCAUGAAUGCUAAAGUUUUCAGAAUGCUGAUAAUAUUCCAUCAGGCAUCCACUGAGGACAGUUCUGUCUCCAGCUCAGACACUGAGGACAACAUGGUGAGUUUCAGCAUUGUUUUUCAGAGAGCUAAAGAUGUGUUCUUUAUAAUACAGUAUUUAAUUUUCCCCCAUGGUGUUUCAGUGAUGCUAUGGCUCAAGUUAUAACUGCUAGGUGGAGUAUUAUUCAGUAUGUUGGACUACUGUUACGUACCAUGCUCCUUUCUCCAUAUUAUUGCAACAUUAUGGUCUUCAUUGUAUCCUCAGGUCCAUCAUUAAAGUCAUGCUUUAACAUCUG